AUGGAUGUGAUGGCUAUUCCUGGGGUGCCGAAGUCAUGGAUGGCCCAUCCGACGCAGUACAACGCGUCAAAUGAUUAUAUUUCCGCUUACUCGUCAGGUUUUGGGAGUCCGGGCGAUAUUGAUAAACAAAUCUCCUCUUCCCCAGAUUGGUACUCAUUCUUCUAUCCCUCCACAUCCACUUCUCAUUUGGACCUUCCCCCACAACAGCCUUCCCCAACAAUCGACGCACAACGUCCUCGAAAAUCACAUACAGCCACGAUGAACCAACCUCAUUUGCCAGGACAUCCCAUGACUCCUAUGGAGGGCAGACGCUACCUGCCCAUCGGAGUGGAAGACCCUCGCACGAGUGCAUAUUCGCAGAGCGUGUCUCCAUUCACAACAGGGUUCAAACUCAACAGCACGCUUUCAAGCAAUGGAAGCACCUAUUGUGAAUCCAAUCCCGAGUCUAUUGAGCAGCUUGAUGACCCUUUCGUUACACGGAACAUGGAAGCGCACGCUGGGCUGGUUCAUCCAACACCACGCAGCAGUCUGUUCACGGGGGUUGGUCAUUCCUUCCUCUCAGGCACCGAGGGAACCUCGUCCUUUUCAUCCCUCGGAUCCUCGGGAGCCCCAGGGAGCGAGCCAGUCUUAUCCAGCACUCAAUUCAAUGUUCCAAGCUCGAAUGUUGCCGUCUACCACAUGGGCACGUCCUUCAAUCCUCAGACACAACACGCACAUCUCGCCCCGUCGACCACUCCUCUCGAUGGGAAACCCGUAAAUUAUGACGAGGACUACCCUUGGCCUUUGUGUGAAUCAACCAACGUUGAGAUCUGGUGUCCUACCCGCUACUCUAAUGGCUUAUCGGAGGACAGCGACUGGCAUACCCACAACCUGUACAAUUCAUACAGUUUCCCAUCUGAAAUCAAUGAACCUGUGGCUCAUGGCUAUGGAAUGGGCACUGGUCUAGCCAUGCCAUUUUUUGGACCUGCACUUGUCCCUUUGGACUCAUCCGCAUUCAUGAACCACCAGUCUUACCUGCCCCCUUAUGUACCCUGCCUACCUACCGUUGAGGCUCCUCCUCGAUAUCAACCGACCUCACAGCCAGUUUCUCCCAACAAUAAACUCAAAUCAUCAGACCAAAAGCCAGCGAAAAGUCUCAGUCCAUCCUUCUCAAUCCCAAUGACCGAUGGGGGAUGCUCCCCGCGGCCGAGUGGAGAAGAUCAAAGCGGCAUUGAAACUAGCCUGCACUACAGUGACAAGCGGAACAGAUUCCUCAUUAACUGCAAGCGUCGUGGGCUGUCAUACAGGGACAUCAAGCGAGUGGGUGGGUUCACGGAGGCAGAGUCUACACUGCGAGGCCGAUAUCGCACUCUCACCAAGUCCAAAGACCAGCGAGUGCGGAAGCCCAAAUGGCACGAUAAGGAUAUUCAACUCCUUUGCGAAGCUGUCAACGUUCACGCCGAAUCACAUGAUGGCUACAGCUCGCUCACCAACACCAGCAUGAACAUUAACGAGUCACCAAAGGUAUCUUGGAAGAAGGUUGCCGAGCAUAUUCGGGGAAACGGCGGUUCCUACCACUUUGGCAAUGCCACAUGCAAGAAGAAGUGGUGUGAGAUCAACAAUAUUCCCAUUUAA